AUGUCUGCGAACGAUUACUACGGAGGUGGCGGCAGCGGCCACGGACACAACCAGGGCUACGGUCAGCAGCAGGGACACAACCAGGGCGGCGGCUACCCUCAGCAGCCCAGCUAUGCACAGGGCCAGCAGCACGCCCCUCAGUCGCACUCCCCGUACCAACAAGGAGGCGGCUACAACGCCCCUCAGCAGCACGGAUACGGCGGGCCCCAGCAGCCGACCUACGCCCAGGGCGGCUCGCAGCACCAGCAGAGCUACGGCCACGACAACCGAGGCAGCUCGCCCUACCCUCCCCAACAGCAAUACAACCAGCCGGGACAUGCGCCCUCCCACGGCGGACAACCCCAGUACGGAGGCCAGCCUCAAUACGGUGCGCCCGGUGGUCCCGGCGGUCCCGGACAGGAUGAGCGCGGACUCGGCGCAACAUUAGUCGGUGGCGGAGCUGCCGGAUGGGCGGCUCACAAGGCCGGCGGCGGUCUCCUCGGCACGCUCGGCGGUGCCAUCGCAGGAGCUGUUGGCGCCAACAUGCUGGAGAACAAGUUUGAGAAGAAGCACAAGAAGGAUAAGAAGCACAAGAAGGACAAGCACCGCAAGCGCAGCGGUAGCAGCAGCUCGAGCUCCAGCAGCAACUAA